AUGAAUUAUAAUUCUAUAGAUAAAAAUACCAUUUUUGAAGCAAUUGAGGACUUUGUUCUUCACAUAGUUUCAUGGUUGUUAUGUAUUAAUGUUGACAUUUUUAAAAACAAUUCUGAAAAGAAAUAUUCCAUUGCCCUUUUCGAUAAGAAACUAGUGAAGUUGUCCAGAACUGGCACAGUUUACAUUACUGGCACAAUUUACAUUACUGGAACAGAAAAAAGCUGCACGCAAAGGGAAAUUUAUUACAGACUUUAUAAUUUAUUCAAUGAGCAAUGUCAAACCAACAGGCAUAUAAAAGACGUUUGUCAUAUUCUGGGAUUUCCGAGAUCGUCCUUAAACAUUUAUGCGUCAGAAAAAGGAUGUAUAGCUGGGUUACUUGUACUAAGGAAAAACAACGAAAGUUUAAUCCUAUGUCACAUGGAAUAUGGCUUAAUGAUCAAUGAAUAUCUUUUAAAUGUUGAUCAUGUAGAGAGCUUGGCUCACUACAUACUUGUAGUAGAAAAGUAUUCCCUCUAUCAGAAACUCUGCGAAAAUAAGAUAUGGAAUAUCCUUCCCUGCAUAUUAAUAACUGGAAAGGGGUUUCCAGACUACUCCACUAGGAAAAUUCUUAGAGAACUCUUGGAUCUGUUUCAUUUAGAGUGUGUCUAUGUUGGAGAUUAUGACCCGUAUGGUAUUCGCAUCUUCUUGAGUUAUAAAGAGGGAUGUAAAACUAAUGAAGAGGGCGUGUAUUCUUGCAAAAAUAUUAAGUGGGUUGGUAUGUGCUCAGAAGAUAUGACAUUGUUCCCAAAAGAAUCUCUUUUAGCAUUAACAAAAAAGGAAAAAAAUGUUAUACGUAAUUUAUUAAAAGACAAUAAUUUAAAAAAUAGUUCAACCAUUAUAAAUCAAGUUCAUGAAAUGAAUAAAACAAACUGUAAGUUUGAAAUGGAAGCUGUCGAAUAUUUAGGAAUGGAUUUCUUCAUUCGAAAAUAUUUAAUAAGGAAAAUACUGAGAAAGGAGUGGUUAAUGUGA